UGCCCGCCGGCCAUGGGAGAGGCUUAAAACAAACGCCGGAAGCAACUCCCAGCCCCAGAAAGAUCUGUGACCGGCAGCGCCAGACCCGCCUGCCUUCCUGACUUCUGUUCCAGGGCAAAGGUCAUUUAGCCGCUUGACUCAGCCUUUUUCCCCCACCUUCCCCAACUUUGUUUACCAGAUAAGGAAGGUCAGCAUUCAAAGUCAAGAAGCGCCUCUUAUCUUCCCCUGCGUUCUACAAAUAGUUCCGUGAGAAAGAUGGCCGGGAACUCGAUCCUGCUGGCUGCUGUCUCUAUUCUCUCGGCCUGUCAGCAAAGUUAUUUUGCUUUGCAAGUUGGAAAGGCAAGAUUAAAAUACAAAGUUACACCCCCAGCAGUCACUGGGUCACCAGAGUUUGAGAGAGUAUUUCGGGCACAACAAAACUGUGUGGAGUUUUAUCCUAUAUUCAUAAUUACAUUGUGGAUGGCUGGGUGGUAUUUCAACCAAGUUUUUGCUACUUGUCUGGGUCUGAUGUACAUAUAUGGCCGUCACCUAUACUUCUGGGGAUAUUCAGAAGCUGCUAAAAAACGGAUCACUGGUUUCCGACUGAGUCUGGGGAUUUUGGCCUUGUUGACCCUCCUAGGUGCCCUGGGAAUUGCAAACAGCUUUCUGGAUGAAUAUCUGGACCUCAAUAUUGCCAAGAAACUGAGGCGGCAAUUCUAACUUUUUCUCUUCCCUUUAAUGCUUGCAGAAGCUGUUCCCAACAUGAAGGUAAUUUGGUAUCAUUUGUUAAAUAAAAAUAAAUAAAGUCUUUAUUCUGUUUUUCUUGAAA